CGCCCGGGCGGGGCGAUGGCGGCGGCGAGGGGGCUGGGGCUGCGAGCGGCGGGGCUGGGGUCGCUGCUGCGGGCGGCGCGCACGGGGCCGGUGAGCGGAGCGGGGUGGCCGGGCUGGGGGCGCGCGACCGGACUGAACGAGCUCAGCCGGCCCCUUGCGUCUCCGCAGGCCCCGGCCCGCGCCGUCCGGAGGAGCGCCCUUGGGGUCAUCUCGCGCCCAGGGUUGGUCUGGAGGCCCAGCAGGUGUGGCAGCUCUUCAGCCGAAGCAACUGCUGCAAAAACGGAAGACGACUCCUUCCUCCAGUGGUUUCUGCUUCUCAUACCUGUGACUGCCUUUGGCCUGGGGACGUGGCAGGUCCAGCGCCGGAAGUGGAAGCUACAGCUCAUCGCAGAACUAGAGUCUAGAGUUAUGGCCGAGCCCAUCCCGCUGCCCGCAGACCCGAUGGAACUGCAGAAACUGGAGUACCGGCCGGUGAAGGUCAGGGGGCACUUUGACCACUCCAAAGAGCUGUACAUGAUGCCCCGGACCAUGGUGGACCCGGCCCGGGAGGCCCGGGAGGCCGGCCGGCUCUCGUCGGCGGCUGAGAGUGGUGCCUACGUGGUCACUCCCUUCCACUGCACUGCCCUGGGAGUCACCAUCCUGGUAAAUAGAGGGUUUGUGCCCAGGAAGAAAAUGAAUCCAGAUACACGGCGCAAAGGCCAGGUUGAGGGAGAAGUGGACCUAGUCGGGAUGGUGAGGCUGUCGGAGACCAGGAAGCCCUUUGUUCCCGAGAACAAUCCCGCGAGGAACCACUGGCAUUACCGGGACCUGGAGGCCAUGGCCCGGCUCACAGGCGCAGAGCCCAUCUUCAUAGAUGCCGACUUCAAGAGCACAGUCCCUGGAGGACCCAUUGGAGGGCAGACCAGAGUGACCCUGAGGAACGAGCACAUGCAGUACAUCAUCACCUGGUACGGACUCUGCGCGGCCACCUCCUACCUGUGGUUUAAGAAAUUCCUAAGCCGGACUCCUGGUGUGUGACAAGGCUGGCGGAUGUAGCCCUGUCCCUGAACAGCUGAAACCAUUUCAAGAGACUCGACUUUAGGCUGAUGACGUGUUACUGGUAUAAAUAAAUCUCUACAUCGCA